UCUGGAUGUUCUGGAACCAAAUUCUCUCUGGAUGUUUUGAUAAUAAAAUAAAAAAUUGAGGCAAAAGAGUACUUAUAUGUUGAUAAUUAUCAUUGCAAUCAUUAAAUUAAACCCAUUUUCUUAUAAUAAUUACAAAAGCAAUUAGAGUAGGCCAAAACAGUAACAGAAAUCUUCUUUAUCGACAUUACAGAUUUAUCCAUUUGACUCAAAAAAACUAUAGUAGGACGAAAUCGAUAAUGGCGCCAAAAUCAAAAAGCCGAAUUCCCAUUAUUUCUUCCCAAAAUUUAAUACCAAAAUAAUAAAAAAACACAUAAACGUUAAAUACCAAUUAAAAUGGAAAACAAAAAAACCAGUUUAUUACCGUUAUUUGGCUCCGAAUAGAGUUGGCAACGUCGCGAUCGCUCUAGUUUUUCGGUUGCUGGCGUUUCGGUUGCGCAACUGUCGACUCUACCAACAAAUAAAUAUACUGAAAAAUAAAUAUAAAUAAUAAAGUUUCGGUUCUGUGUAUUGUUUUAUUGAUAAAUGAUCGUUUCGAUAAUAAUUUAAGGUCGUCGUCUAAGGCCGAACCUGCAAAAAUGCUGAUAAUGAGGUGCUACAUCAGCUGGGAGCCAUUUUGUUUACUGAACUGAAAUAUAAAAAUGGAAAUUGACUUUUUCCAUUCGGGUUUUCUGGUGUUAAUUUAGUGUUAAAAUGAUCUGCAUAACGUAACGAAAUGGCAACAAAUGACGGUGCCACAACUGAACUAUUCACCGGCUGGUCGUCAGUGGUGCACCAGCCCGAAGAUGAACCCGAAGAAUCCGAACUACCUUCUACAGUGGACAUUGGAGCGCUCAGUGCCGAGCCUCCUGACCCCGCUCCUACCCAAAACAACCUCGACACCGACUCAGAAAGUGAAGAUUCUGAAGCCGACUCUAGCAAUUCUGACAAUAGUGAAGCGUCUCAAGAGUCUUGCAGUGAUAGUUCAGAUAGUGACAGCUCCUCUAGCUCUCAAGAGUCGUCUUCAAGAUCUCCAAGUCCUGAAUUUUCAGUAACUAGUUCGCAAACCAACGGACUAAGGCUGACUAUAGCUACAAUAAGAAAAAACGCCCCUAGUCCUGUUGCUACAGCCAAAAAAAUUAUGGUGCCUAAAAAAGUUAAAGGCAACAAAAAAAGUACCACUAGUAGUAGCAGUUGUUCGAGUGAUUCUGACACUGAUGAUUCUGAUAUAAGUGAAGUUAAAAUAACUCAGAAGUGCACCAAAAAAGUUGCUCCAUUGCCUAGUAAACCUAAAGCCAAGCAAAGUCCUUUAUUGGUAAAACAAAGACCAAUAAGUAGUAAUAGCUCGCCAGUUCCAAAAUUGAGAUUGUCUAAUGAAGCAAAAACUAAGCCGCCAAAUGAAAAUUCUAGUAGCAGAGAUAGCACAAAAUUUAACAAAUCAAAUACUAAUACAACGGUAAAAUUGAGACAGAAAGAUGCUGUUGUCGGAAAAUUGCGGAGCUCCAAAGAUUUGCCCCUUAAAAGUGUGGCGGUUGAUGAAGACAAGGUUGAUAAAAAUGCAAAAACGACUGAGACUAGGACCAGUAAAAAGAAGGUGAAGGUUAAGAAGAAGACUAGGAAGAUGGCCUCAUUGCCUUUAUCCAGAAGCUCCACUUACUCUAGUUCAGACUCGGAAUCCUCAGUGGACCUUUUACCAGCCUCUUGCAGUCUACAAGAAAUCCGUCAGGAAGAUUUGGCGGCAAUUUUACCGGAUCAAAGCGAGUGCAACGAUUUCAAUGAUUUUGAUAAAAACGAUAAAAAUUCUCCUGCUACUGGUGAUAUGUCAGGCUCGGAUAUGGAAUUGCCUCAGCAAGCAAUCAACUCCCUAAUUCAAAGGACUACAGAGUCUUCGAGUGACGGAGAAGGUCAUCAACUUCCUAAUCCACAAACCUUAUUUGCCAAUAGUUUGCUGCAGCAAUUUGUGCCUAGUAAUCCACUUCUGAGUCCACCUACAGACCAUACAUUAACCUCUGACUCUGUAAGCCCUUCAAAAACAUCAAAUAAACCAGAAAAUAUUGCUAAAACUGAAAUAGACGAGCCUAUCGUUAAAAGAGGCAGAGGCCGCCCAAAACGUCUAACAACAAGAUCAAAAAAACAAGAGCGAAGCAACGAGAGAAAUAUUCAAGAAUUUUGUGGUUUGCCUAAUGUCAGUCCUGAUUCAGGUAUUCAAAAUAGUCCUGAUCACGUUUCAAGUCCAGAACCGUCCCUUUCACCAAACAUCAGACACAAAGAAACUAAAAAUAAAAUCUCACAAGAAAGAUAUUCAAAAAGGAUAAUGGCCAAAGAAAAACAAACUCAUAAAAAAGGCUCGGAAUCAAGUAGCAGAACUUCUUCACAAGAAAAAGUUCCUAUAACUAAACAGCCAAUAACAUCCAAUCAAUUUGACAGAGUCUUAUAUGCUAAUGCAGAUAGAGUUUUGUAUCCACCUAGACGUAAAGUUGGGCGACCUCCUGUUAAUAAAAGACCAGGAAGACCUCCAAAGAAUAAUGUAGAAGCAAAAGUCCAAGAAAAGCCAAUUUUAGUACAAAAAAACAAAAUCAAGCCAACAAUACCAGUAGCCAUGAUCAAAGUACCCAAAAUCCUUCACUCGAGGCACAAGCACAAGCACAAAAAACGCAAAUUCAAAAUCCUUAAACCCCCAGUACCUUCUGAUCCGAAAAUCAAUCAGGAAAUUGACAAGUUGAUUGGGGAUUUUGUUAAGUGUUGCGUGAUCGCUGCCAAACAGCCCAAGGAAAUUGUGCCCGAGCAAGUGCUAAAGACUUUGAAAAAGGUGACCAAAAAGAGACGGACUACGGAUUAUAUGGAGAAGAAAAAGAAGAAACAGAGUGUCAGUACGACUAUCAAUAAGGUUCCGAAUUCAAAUGAACAACGUUUGCCAUUAAAAAAGCGCCAUUACCACCUAGUAAGCAACAGUAGUGAAAACCCAAAACCUCAACCAGAAACCAGUGAAGAAUCAAAAGUUGAAGCCAAAACCGAAAAAAAAGAAAAACCGGCAAAAGACAAUAAUAAAGUAAUCAAAGGCCACAUAAAUAAUAACGAAUAUGAAGUAAAGGCAGAGAGAAUAGAAAAUGAGGCCAGUGUUCACAUAGAAGAGGCAAUAGAGGCUUGCAUUAACAAGUUUGCUAAUAAACUUCCAACCACUGAAGAAAAAUCUCCUGAAAGCAAAACAGUUCCAGCAACAACCCCCAAAAAACGCCACAGACUUGAAAAUUUACAACCAGACACUGAAUCAACUCCAGAAAUUAAAACCGAAAUCGACGAAAAAAUAGAAAAACUAAAAACUUCUAUAACAGUGGAGUCUUACAUCAAUGAACUGAAAAUCAAAAGAAAUUUAAUGGGCACAAAAAGCACCACAGAAGAAGUUAAUGACAAAAAACUUGAAACUGAUUCAAACAAAACUGUAAAAAUCAAAGAUGAAGCUCCUACAAUAUUAACCGAUGAUGACAAAGUGGAAAACAUUGUCCCAGUUUCGCAAGAAAGUACCAAGAAAAAAGUUCGAAAAAGACGCACCUACAACCGAACAGGAUUCCCAAGUAUCAAAAGAAAAAAGAAGAAAACAAUGGCUGUGGAAAGUGCCCCUAAAGAAUGUAUUAGCAAUAUUGCCCAGGUUUGUGAUAGAGUGCCUAAACAAGGUGAGGAAAUCAAGAAAUUCCUUCAACGUAGCAGUGCCAGUAAGUCAUCAAAACUUGAACCACCUUCUGAAGAUAAUAGCAGCGAAUGCGAGAGCCUGCCUCAAGACCAGAGAAUGGAUUCUGAAGAUAGUCAAAGCGAAACGGACAACCCAAAUGAAAACUUAUCUUUGCUUGAAUCUUCUAUAGAAAGACUCAGAUCUAGGCUGGAUCAGAAAACGCGCAAACGCACCAAGAAUUUGCCUGAAAGUAUUUAUCCUAAGCGGCGAAAAAGAGAAGAGUCACCUGCUAGCAGUAUAGAACCUCAAGCAGAAAGUACUUCUGGUGAUGAAUUGAGUAAAAAGAAGAAAACUGGAAGGAAGAAAUAUUUAGUAGCAGGAUUGUUUUCUGAUUAUUAUAAAGAAGAAGAACCUAGACGCCAAGACAUAACAAAAUCAACAAGAAGUUUAGUUUAUAAUCCUGAAGAACACCCAUUUGGUUUGCUACCACCCCCAAUCCAUUGCGGCAAAAGUUUCCGCAAAAAACGCAUCGACUUCCAACUGCCCUACGACAUCUGGUGGCAGCACACCCACUCCCAAUUACCUGGCAGCGACGUGGUACCUUCGUGGAACUACCGCAAGGUACGCUCCAACGUCUACAAUGUGAAAAACAACGGCGGCGCUUGCGAGCCGCAAUCCUGCAAUUGCAAAGCCACCUCUAAUUGCGAAGAUGAUUGUAUCAACAGGCUGGUUUUGGCUGAGUGUCCUCCGUCGCACAAAUGUCAGAAUCAGCGGAUACAGAAACACGAUUGGGCGCCUGGGAUUGAGAAGUUUAUGACUGAGGAUAAAGGUUGGGGUGUCCGAACUAAAGAAAUGAUAAAACAAGGAGAUUUUAUUUUGGAAUAUGUUGGAGAAGUGGUUUCGGAUCAGGAAUUUAAAGAACGCAUGAACAGCAUUUAUGUUAAUGACACGCAUCAUUACUGUUUACACUUAGACAGUGGUUUGGUUAUUGACGGACAUCGUAUGGGCAGUGAUGGAAGAUUCGUUAAUCACUCUUGUGAGCCUAAUUGUGAAAUACAAAAGUGGAGUGUCAAUGGUCAAUUCAGGAUGGUAUUGUUUGCUCUAAGAGACAUCAAACCUUAUGAAGAACUAACUUAUGACUACAAUUUUUCGUUGUUCAACCUGGCCGAAGGCCAGGAGUGCAAAUGCCGCAGCGAUCAAUGCAGAGGCGUUAUCGGAGGCAAAACUCAAAGAACAAGGCAACUUCCCGAGGCCUCUUUGGUACCGAAAAACCCCGGCAGAGUGGGCAGGCCCAGGAAAAACGAAGCCAAAAAGAAAGAGACCAGUACCGCCAGCAUCCCGCCGCCUCAGAGUCAAAUAAUACCUCAGAUCCAAGUGAAACCGAUGAGCCAUCAGCAAAAGUGUUUUAUUUUGGAACACCAUUGUUUCUUAUUGAGAAAUUUGACUAAAGUGCGUAAGGUGAGGCACAGAUCUCAGAGCGUCACUUCAAGUAUAGUAGGACGCCAACAAACGGCCACGCCCACCGAUUCUAGCGCCUUUAAUUAUCAGCUGAAUGCCUUGCAAAAACCGAGGAGUAUGAAAACAAGGAAGAUUACUCAGGCUGAAGACGAUCCUGAACUGAACAAGACAAUUAAGCUGGCAGGGAUUUUGAAGGAGAUUUUGAUGGGAUUAACUACAGCAAAAGGUGACAAAGGUGAAAAUCUAAGCACUCACAUAAAUCAGCUUCCGUCCAAAAGAAAGGUACCGCAAUUCUACCAGAAGGUACCCGCCCCCAUAGAUCUGGCAACAGUACAACAAAACGUCGCAACAGGAGUCUAUAAAACCCCUCAAGCAUUUGACGAAGACAUGAUAAAAUUAUUCACAGGCUUCUCCAAAUAUUAUCCAAGGACCACUGAAAUAGGAGUGGCAACCUCAAAACUGAAAAAGCUGUACAACGAAAUCAAACACAAGUGUCUAACCAAAUUUGAAGAUUUGCUUGGCAAAAAAACAACGCCUACUUUUGCCAAUAGUAGAAAGAAAAAUGAAGAAGAAGACAUUAUUCGUUGUAUAUGCGGCAUACCUCGUGACGAAGGCCUUAUGAUCCAAUGCGAAAGAUGCACAGUUUGGCAACACAUUGAGUGCGUCAACGCAGACGCUUCCGCUGCGAGUUAUCAUUGCGAAGUUUGCGUACCAAGAAAAGUGGAUUACGAGAUUCCUAUGGACGAUUACACUGAACAUGGACACAAAUAUUAUAUGACUUUGAUGCGUGGUGAGCUUCAGCUGCGUCAAGGCGAUACAGUUUACGUUUUAAGAGAUAUUUCUAUACCUGGCACCAACAAAAAGCAUACUUAUGAAACCAUUGGCAAAAUUGACUAUUCAGAGUUGGAUAUUUUUAGAAUUGAGAGGCUUUGGAAGGAUAAGGAUACUGGGAAGAGGUUUGCUUAUGGGCAUCAUUAUUUAAGACCACACGAGACUUUUCAUGAACCAACAAGAAAAUUUUUCUCCAAUGAAGUCAUGCGAGUACCACUUUAUGAAGCAGUACCAGUCGAAUUGGUAAUGGAACGUUGCUGGGUGAUGGAUAUAAAUACAUUUUGCAAAGGCCGUCCUAUUGGAGCCCAAGAAGACCACAUCUACAUAUGCGAGUAUCGGGUUGACAAGGCGGCCAAGAUGUUUAGUAAAGUUUCGAAAAACAAAUUCCCUAUUUGCACUAAAAGUUUUGCCUUUGAACAAUUCGAAACUCGUUUGAAAAUAUCGAGAACUUAUUGUCCGCACGAUGUGGAUGAGUCGUUGUUGAAAAAUGGGGCUGUAGGUAGGAAACCAGCUUCAAAUUCAACUCAAGUGCCUAGUACUUCUAGUGUUGCUAUUACUAUACAAAAGACUCCUGCACAACAAAAAUUGAGGCUGAACAAGAUAUUAUUGAAUCUCUUAAGCAAGAUGCCUGGCAAGCAGGUUUUGGAUGUGUCUUAUUUACUGGAAGCCGGUAGGAGGAGGAAGAAACAAGAAAUUAAACAAUGAUGAUUUUUUUUUUUGGAAAUUUACAAAAUGGAUAUUUGGGUGAUAUUUAUUAGGACUGUUAUUGUUGCUGUUUAAUGAGACGAAUUGGUGAGUGGUGAACAGAUAGAUAAUAUUGUUAAUAUUUUUUUUGAAAUUAAUUACAUUUAAACGUGAUAAGCCAUUCUUGAAUCUAAUUUUGAAGUUUCUGUCCUCGAUUAACAGUGAAAAUUCUUAUCACGUUUAAGUGACAUCCCUUAAAAUUUCUCUUACAAAGACAAAAAAAUGUCAUUAUUUUGAUUAUUAUGUACCCCCAAAACGACAAAACGCUAACUAGUCAGUAUUGUUAAAUUAUUGUAAACAAUGUUCGAAGCAUUUUUAUUAAUUUAUUUGUACAUAGUGAAAACUUGUUGUAUUUGUAAUCUAUUAUAAUGGUUUCCGGUUUUAGUUAUUAAAUCUUUGUUGCACUUGCAUCAAAAAUGGUGUGUUCUAUUUUGGUUUUGACAAAAACAAACAUACCAUAGUUGAUGCCUAAAAUGUAUUUGAUAAGAAAAAAAAAAGGUACAAAAUAUUCUUUAUUGUAAGUUCAAGUGUUGAUAAAGAAACUUUAGCUCCCAUCAUAAGUAAUGUUAUAUUGUGUUUUAUCCGCUUAAAUCGUAAUGCUUUUUUUUUGUACAUAAUAUUUAUUAACUUUUUACAAAUUUUGCAUUUUUUUUAUAUAUAUUUUGAAUCUGAUAGUUCUUGCCUGCUGUGUAGCCUAUAAAGUUUUUAGGUCAUUAUUCACACAAUGUAUUUAUAUUAUUAAUGUUUAUAUCUCACAAUAAUAAAAUUGUUAUAUUUUUUAAAUGUCUUGAAUUUUUUUUUUACCAGGCAAAAAGCUUAUCCGAAUCUAAAAACGUGGACUCGUCCAAAUUGCCACUCAUCCAAUUUUCAAUAUCCUUGACACUCCUUGGCACUUUUGUCAAAUCCUCCAUUCCAUUUUCAGUUACCAAAACAUCAUCUUCAAUCCUUACACCGCCAAACUUACGGAAUCUUUCAAUUACUCCUGGUACAAGGAAUUUGUUUAGUUUCUGAUCUUCUAAUGCCUUAUUUAUGAGCUAAGUAAAAAAUCAAUUAGUUAUUUUAUACAUAUUGUAGCUAAAUUAUUAAAUAUUACAGGGUCAAUGAAAUAACAUCCAGGCUCAAUAGUGAGCACCAUGCCUUUUUCCAAAACCCUUGCGGUUCUUAAUUUAUUGAGGCCCACUUUUGUAGGUCUUGCGGGUUGAUCUGAAAGAUAACCUCCAACAUCGUGUACGUCCAAGCCCAUAAAAUGACCCAAACCGUGAGGCUAAAAUGAAACUAGUAAAUAAUUGCAAUAUACACUCACCAGCAACAUUAGGGGAACAGACAAAAUUUACACUAAGUUUGACAUCCAUUUGUUUUUUAACCUUCCGCUCGAUUUCGACAAAUUUUUCACAGAUUGUAGCUUGAUUCUUCAGGAAUACAUUUGACGUAUUAUCGUUAUUAAAUGACUCGUUUUUAUAUCAUAUACAGGAAUGGAGAGAAAGUCACUAAUUUUCAGAGAUUUUUGAGACACUUUGUGGAAAACGACACGUUUUCAUAUUCAAUUCGUAUGUCGACAUGGAGAAAAUUAAGGUCAAUAUUCACCUUUUCUUCGAAACUCUGUAUUUCCAAUAAUAUUGAAAAUAUCAAAGUGAAUAAAAAAUUAAAAUAUUCGGAAAACAUCAGGCUACAAUUUGGUGUUGAAAACUGUUCUGUUCCCUUAGUUUAACCGGAGUGUGUAUUUUGAGGACCAUUUACUUGAAAAAUUGCCCCUAAUCCAGCCUCAAACAUCUCAUUUACAUCCCCUUGUAGCAAUCCCCCUUUCUUAAGCUCCUCUAACAUGGUCUUAUUAGCUAAAACAUGCAUAUCAACCCAAGAAACUCCCGGUUUGCAAGCUUUAUGGACUGCCAAGGUUGCAGUUAGAACUGCUUCGUAAAUCAUUUUUUGGUCAGCACUGAAUUUACCAUUUGCUUCAAUUAAAAAAAAAAAAAAAAAUUGCAGUGCUUGUAGGACAAAUAUUAAGCAAAAUCUUACCUGGAAAUGUACAAGUAAUGUCAGCAGCAUAUCCGAAAUAAUUUCCGCCCAUAUCAAAGAGGCAAAUGUCGCCGUUUUUAAUGGGAGAGGCAUUGGGGCAUCCUGCGUGACCGUAAUGGAGUAUGGCCCCGUUUACACCUGAACCGCAGAUGCAUGUGUAGGACGCGUGACGGCAACCAC